AUUUUUUAGUUUUCCCAUUUGUUGCAUUUGUCGCCGUUCGUCCCACAGUUCACAUUAAUUUUAUAAAAAUAAGUUAAAGUGAGGGGCUUCAUAGUAAAUUCACUUUUAUUUUAUCAAUUCUGUCUGCCUCGCUCUCGAUGCUGGUUCCUCUACUCUCUACCCAACACAUCCUCCGUCUGCGUUCCCAGUUCCCAUCCAGCGUCCCGUUCCGACCUCGAUUAGCUGACAAGAGUCACACAGCCAAAGACGACGAUUCAAAGAAUUUUUUUUUUAAUUUAUAAAAAAUUAAUAAAUUUGUUAGUAAAAAAAUACUAUCAAAAGACGAACUUUACACAAAAGCUACCGUACUCACCACACUAAUAUCACAGCAUACCCUUUCUCCUGCUUCUCUCUCAAAUCGCUCGCUCUCUGCCUCUCUCUAGAAUUACGGGUAGGGUAGUAUGGUCUCACUUGUAGAAUGUGAAAGUGAAACCCUAGUUACAGUAUCUGUGAGAUCUGUGCUCAAUCGCAUCAUUUUCUCACUAUAAGCUUUUUCUGAAUGGGGAAUUGCUGCAGAUCUCCGGCUGCCGUCGCCAGAGAAGAUGUGAAAUCCAACUUUUCUGGUCAUGAUCACGCCAAGAAAGAUGCCGGAGCUGCUAAGAAAGCGCCGAUCACUGUCCUCACUGGUGUUCCUAAAGAGAAUAUUGAAGAGAAGUACCUUGUCGAUCGUGAGCUGGGCCGCGGAGAGUUUGGCGUUACUUAUCUUUGUAUUGACCGUGAUUCUAGGGAGUUACUGGCCUGUAAGAGUAUCUCCAAGCGGAAACUGAGGACUGCGGUGGAUAUUGAAGAUGUGAGACGUGAAGUGGCGAUAAUGAAGCACUUGCCUAAAAAUUCUAGCAUUGUGAGCUUGAAGGAGGCCUGCGAGGAUGACAAUGCGGUGCAUUUGGUAAUGGAGUUGUGCGAGGGAGGUGAGCUGUUUGACCGGAUUGUGGCCAGAGGACAUUAUACGGAGAGAGCAGCUGCGGCUGUCACACGGACGAUUGUGGAGGUUGUGCAGCUGUGCCACAAGCAUGGAGUGAUUCAUAGGGACUUGAAGCCCGAGAAUUUUCUGUUUGCAAAUAAGAAGGAGAAUUCGCCUUUGAAGGCCAUUGAUUUUGGCUUGUCUAUAUUCUUCAAGCCAGGUGAGAGGUUCUCUGAAAUUGUUGGAAGUCCAUAUUACAUGGCUCCAGAGGUGCUAAAGCGGAACUAUGGGCCAGAAAUUGACAUAUGGAGUGCAGGGGUCAUUCUUUACAUUUUGUUGUGUGGAGUUCCCCCAUUUUGGGCUGAGUCUGAGCAAGGAGUUGCGCAGGCCAUUCUUCGUGGGAUUAUAGACUUCAAACGGGAUCCAUGGCCAAACAUUUCUGAGAGUGCCAAGAGUCUAGUCAAGCAGAUGUUGGAGCCAGACCCAAAGCAUCGACUAACUGCAAAGCAAGUGCUAGAGCAUCCAUGGCUCCAAAAUGCUAAAAAGGCACCAAAUGUUCCUCUUGGUGAUGUUGUCAAGUCAAGACUAAAGCAAUUUUCAAUGAUGAACAGAUUCAAAAGAAAAGCCCUUAGGGUUAUUGCUGAUUUCUUGUCCAUUGAGGAAGUUGAAGACAUGAAAGAGAUGUUCAGGAAGAUGGAUACUGAUAAUGAUGGUAUUGUUUCAAUUGAAGAAUUGAAAGCUGGACUCCAAAAUUUUAACUCCCAGCUUGCAGAGUCUGAAGUUCAAAUGCUUAUUGAAUCUGUAAAUACUAAUGGGAAGGGUACAUUAGAUUAUGAGGAAUUUGUUGCUGUUUCCCUUCAUCUGCAAAGAAUGGCUAAUGAUGAGCAUCUUCGCAAGGCAUUUUCCUACUUUGACAAGGAUGGCAAUGGUUAUAUUGAACCAGAUGAGCUCCGAGAUGCCUUGAUGGAAGACGGUGCAGAUGAUUGUACAAGUGUAGCAAAUGACAUUUUCCAAGAGGUUGAUACAGACAAGGAUGGGAAGAUCAGCUAUGAUGAAUUUGUUGCAAUGAUGAAAACUGGGACAGAUUGGAGGAAGGCUUCCCGUCAUUAUUCCAGGGGGAGAUUUAACAGUCUAAGCAUCAAGUUGAUGAAGGAUGGCUCACUAAACUUGGGGAGUGAGUGAGGUAUAGACACAAGGUAUCACUUUUAAUUAAUCCAAGAAAGAAAGUUUAGGGUCAUUACUGUCCAUCCUAGGCGUGCCUUCUUCUGUGAUUAUUUUCUGGAGCCAUCUUGAUCAAGUGGGGCUCUUUUGCUUGGGAGCUUAGGACGUUAUGGAGGCUGAUUGCAUCCUCUCUCUCUCUCCCUCUCUCUCUCUUUCUCGCUUUCAGCAAAUGUUGAUUAUGUAAAAAUAGUGCUUCUGUAGUCUUGGUCCAGGAUAUAUGAUUCUGUCCAUUUAUCACUUCAACCUCUUGAUAAUUGUUUCCUGUUGACAUAGACAUGACAAUAUGAGUUUUGAAAUCCUUAGGGCUGUAGUAUAUUCUUGUUAAAGAGAGAGUUAAUGCGAUGAUACGAUCUGCAUUUUGUGCUGCAAA